CUUUUGAGCCCCCACCCAUCCAUUUCUUCCCAAAUUCUGUACGGUUUGAAAAUGCAAGUUGGUGGGGGCUUGGAGAUCUUAAGAGAUUGAGAUGGUGGACAACUCCUUUCCUUGUCCGUGUCCUCCUUUUUACUUAGCAAAAACCUCUUUUUGAUCCGUUGUUCUUUCUGCAUUUAGAGCCUUAAAAUCCCUCCAGCGUUCCUCUGAUGACGUUCAUUUUUUCUGUCUGAGUGCUUUUGAGCUACUGCAAUUAUUUUUCAAACAGUGUACAUAUGAUCUCUAGUAUUGAUCAAUGAGUAUACCAUUGGACAAUGCCAGUUGUUCUCUGAACUCUGUUGGCAUUGCCAACGAUUAGUCUCGCGCAAGUUGACAGUACUCUCAAUUGGCAUUCAACAAAGAAGACGCAGCAUCAUUUUGUGUCGGUCAGAAGAGCUUCAAUGCAUAUAGUUCUUCAUUGCCCAACUGAAGCCUUAAAGAAAUGUGGUCUGUCGCGACAAUUAUUGGAGGAGUUAUAGGUUUUCUUGUACUCUUGGGGAUUCUUAUUGUGCUUCUAUGGCGUCGAUUCUUAGAGUGGAAAUCUUUGAAGAACAAGAAUUCAGAUUCGGGCUCUUCAAAUCCUUCUACAUUCGCAUUUGGAAGUAACGGGGGAGCUCCCAGUGGACAGAAGGGUGCGAGGCAGUUUACAAUCGAAGAAUUAGAACAGGCAACAAAAAAUUUUAAUGAAAGUAAUCUUGUGGGAAUUGGUAGUUUUGGCUCAGUCUAUAAAGGAUUGCUUCAUGAUGGGACAGUAGUCGCAAUUAAAAGGCGACAAGGAGCUCCAAGACAUGAGUUUGUUGAUGAGGUUAAACGUUUAUCAGCAAUUUGUCAUCGCAAUAUCGUUACUCUUAUUGGUUAUUGCCAGGAAAAUGGUCUACAAAUUUUAGUGUAUGAAUAUUUGCCUAAUGGAAGCAUAUCAAGCCAUCUAUAUGACAGUGGGCAGAGUUCAAAUACCAAACUAGAGUUUAAACAGAGGCUUUCUGUGGCUAUAGGAGCAGCUAAAGGGUUAUCCUGUUUGCACGGUCUCACACCUCCAAUCGUGCACAAUGGCUUCAAAACAAGUAAUGUGUUGGUUGAUGAAAACUUCAUUGCUAAAGUUGCAGAUGCAGGCAUUAUGAAUUUACUUCAGAGAAUGGAAGGAUGUAGUCUAUCUCAAGCUCUUACAGUCAGCCCAUUCCAGGACCCAGAGGUAGGCGAACUGAGGAUAGUAUCAGCGACCAGUGAUAUAUACAGUUUUGGUGUGUUUCUUCUGGAGCUAAUAUCUGGUAAGGAAACUGCACGACAGAUCUUCACAGGAUCAAAUGGAAGCCUCGCCCAGUGGGUGGAGUCCCAUCUAGACUCAAAUGAACUCAUUGAUCAACGACUCGGCACCAAUUUUACUUCAGAAGGAAUGAAAGAACUUGUCGCUCUGACCCUUCGAUGUCUAACUUCUUCCGCUGGAGGACGACCAGAGAUGGCGACAGUUGCAAGGGAGCUUGAUCGAGUUCUCGAGACAGAAAUGUCGCUCACAACAGUGAUGGGUGAUGGCACAACCUUGGUUACUCUUGGAAGUCAGUUGUUUUCUUCAUGAAGAAGGAAAAACAUGAUCCAGAGUGAUUAUUAUGAGCCUUCAGCUUGUAUGUUUCAUGGUUUGUGUAAAGUUUUUGGCUCUCCUGCGAAGCAAUAAGAGAGGCCAUCUUAAUUAAUCUCCUAGUUUUCUUGAUGUGCUGAAGACGUACAAUUUCGUCAUUGAUUGUAACCGCAUUUGCAUGCAACUGGAACAUUGGGAAUCAGUCGCAGUCGUUUGUAUAAAUGCAGUUAAUGAUAACUGCAGUUGGAAAAAGGACAUUUUACCUA